UCGUUUCCCUGUUUCAUGGGUAUUUGACUGUCGGUAUGGUGAUGCAAAUCUGUGGUGGUGUCUGUAGUUUGUCCUGUUUGUCAUGAAGGUGGUGCUGUUGAUGUCGGUGUUUGUUUACAUGUCUUUUUCCUCACUUCGGCCACAUCUUAAAGCUCAUUUCUCAUUGUUUUAGGCUGUUGUGAUGCCAAGGCACAGCCGUUGUGGUGUUAAUGGUAAAUCCAGAUUGUUUUUGGUGCUGCGGCUCUUUCUGUGUGCACAAUGUAACGGACCAUCACUCUGCAGGGUGCAGUCUUUGUGCCACUGAGGACAUUCUGUAGUCACUGUUGCAAACCAUGUCAUUGAAAUAAGGAACUUCUCUGCUGUGUAUAAUGGACUGUCAUUUCCUCUUUAAAAAUUUUCCUCUUUUACAGUUUUAGAGAUGUCAGCAGUAGUUCUCCCAGUCGACAAAAAUAUUCACAUUUAUGACAUUAAUUCCCCUUUUGAGCUUCUGAGGAUUUAAUGUUUGGAGACGAUUGUGAGCACAUUCUGUAAUGUGACAACACUGACUGUCAUGGCACUCAUAGAUAUGCCUGUUGGGCUGAAGUUGCUCUAUUCUUGUUUUUUCUGCCCGAUUGCCAUCAAUACACUAAAUUCUGAUUGUUUUUAGUGUAAAGCCCAGCUUUGACAGAAGGUGGCUUGACCCUGAAUGAAGAGUUGAGAGACAUUUUACAAUAGCCAUUUAUUUUUUUCAUUUUGUCUUUUAUACUAUCCUCAUCGUGUUAAACGCAGAAUCAAUAUAUUCAAUAACCUCUUAUCCCGCUGUACCAGCUAGUGUAUCUGUGUGGCUCCGUUGUGCUUCUUUGUCUUCAGUUUUGUCCAUGAAAUUAAGGUACAUUUAAAGGUAUGUGAGGAAACACUCGCACCAUGCUUUCCACUUUUCAGAUUUUUGGUGCUUUUAAUUUAUUUAACAGAAAUAAAACUGUCUAAAGCUGUUUUUGUUUUUUCCAUUAAACACCGCCUUGUUUAUUGACCUCUUUGCUAUUUUGAUAAACAACAAUUGUACAAUGUCUUCAGGCACAUGUGACAUCGUUACUGCCUGAUGUUCACGGUAUAUUUAGUCCACUCGGUGGCCGGUGAGAGAUCCUUCACCUCACUGCUACAUUCUCAUCCUUGGUGAAUAUAAAACCCCACCGUGGACCUGCUGCCACUAUUUGCCUGUAGUAGUUCUGUUUGGACCAGUCCAAAGCCAUGGCCAUGCUCAGAGUGUCUUCCUACCGCAAGCUGUUUGAGGAUGAUAGCUGGAGUCGAAGUGGAGGGUUGAGUGUUCAGUGUGCAGGCCAGUACCGAGCCUCUGUCAGGGGUGCGGCCGUUGACAAGUGUGGCGGUGACUGUGACAAGUUAGACUUUGUAGCUGCCAAGGCCCUCAACAAGGAGGGUCUGAACCGGUUUGUCCACGACCGCACCAUCAUAGCUGCCCUCAAUGACCGACUGGUCAGGCUUAUUGAACUGGCUCAUUGUUUUGAGGAGGAGAAUGAGUCUCUUGAAUGUCAGAUUGUGGAGCUAGAGGAGAAGCUGAACAGUCGACGAGCCUCCUCCAGCAUCGGCUCCACUGUGGCCGAGCCCGACUACAGUCUGGAUGCAGUGGUGGAAAGACUGCGCAGGGAGAGGGAUGAGAUUCUGUGCGACACCGAGGACCUGCAGAAGGAGCUCGAGCAUCGGAUGAAAGGAUACGAGAAGGCUGCACAGCAGAGGAUCCUCCUCCAGCAGGGACGACAAGAUGUGGCUGAGGAAGUCGAUGCUGUGACAGCAGCGUGUUUGGCGCUGAGGGAGCAAGUGGCUAUCUACGAGGAGCAGCUGGCCAACAUGGUGGACCAGCACACCACGGCCGUGGAGAGUCUGCUGCAGCCGGCUGAAGUGACUACAGGAGCGGUGGCAGCCAUUACAUUUGGCAGCCCUGACAUCACUCCGGUCCUGGAUGUAAAGGAGUACUACUGCCAGCUGGCCGAGAGCCUCCAGUGCGAGUGUGGUGCUGCCUCCUCUGCUGUGAGUCGCCAAGUUGAUGGAAAACAACUGGCAGAGGGAAGAGCCGGAGGGUCAACAGUCAAAGACGUGUCAAAGAUAAAGGACAUCAGUGAGAUCAAGAUGCUGAUUUCAGAGCUACAAAAGGAGCUCGCUGAGCUUGACCAGUGUAACGAGGAACUAGAAGACGAGGUUGAGAGGAAGACUGCUGCAUACAUGGACGAGAUUGCUGAGAUGGAGUGUACUAUAGAUGAAAUGUGGCACCAGGAGGCCGACUUCAAAGUGCAGAUGAAGGAGCGGUGCGAAGACUACAAGGAGCUGCUCAGUGAGAAGAUGGCCAGAGACAUGGAAAUUACUGCCUACAGGAGUCUGGUGGAGGAAGAGGAGGAGAGGCUGUGCAACGUGUGACGUGAGGCCGCAGAGUCAGACUGGCAGGCGGGGUGCUCCCCCUCGCGUGGAUUAGAAAACAGACCAAAGAGAAACGAGGAAAAACACACUGACACCAGCACUAGGAUGAAGCUUCAGGUACCAAUGCAGCAAUUUAAGCAGAACUUAUCAUGACAGAUUAAUGCCGUCUGGAGGCCUAAG